UACGCUUGUGGGACUGGUACACGUUUUUUUCCCCUCUGUUCUAAGUUUUAUUAAGUUGAAAGUUAAUGUAGUCUCAAAUCGAAUACAAUACAUUUUAUAACUUGUUUAAAUGUCACACCCAGUGCAUUUAAAACGAGCCCGUGCUUUAGUCUUGCGAUAACGGAAAUAAAAAAAGAAGAGAAGUUCGAGCUGGAUCGCCUAACGCUUACCAAAUUUCCUGUUCCUUUGUGGAAGACUUACCGAGAGCUGCUGACGAGAGGCAGUGACGCAAAAACACACAUUAUACGAAAGCAGCUGUGUGGACUGGCGCUCAGGACUCUUCGGUGCAAACAUUUGUGGGUUUUAUCGUUCCUGGUGGACUUUCAGCUGGGGGAACAAUUUUUGUCACAUUUAGCAACAUUUGGCUGGGUUUUUACCCAACUCCCAUUGAUCGAUUACAUUUUUCUUUCAUGUUAACUUUUUUGUUUUUUUAAUCGCAACCAUUUUUUCUGGAACCAAACUGGGAUUUUCCCUCAUAUUAUGCACUUCCAUGGAUACGGGUGGCUCAGUGGUUAGCAUGCGAGCUGAGGAGCAGCAGCCCUUUCACGUCCGCUACAGGAUGGAGGUGUCCUGUCUGGAGCUGGCGUUGGAGGGUGAGCGGCUCUGCAAGGUGGGGGACUACAGAGCAGGCGUCUCCUUUUUUGAAGCUGCCAUCCAGGUGGGAACAGAGGAUCUACAGGUCCUCAGCGCUAUCUACAGCCAGCUAGGCAAUGCCUACUUCCACCUGCAUGACUACAACAAAGCUUUGGAGUUCCACCGGCAUGAUCUCACCUUGACCAGGACGAUUGGUGACCUGCUUGGAGAGGCCAAAGCCAGCGGAAACCUUGGCAACACGUUAAAAGUGCUUGGUCGGUUUGACGAGGCCGUGGUUUGCUGUCAGAGACACUUGGAUAUAGCGAGGGACAUUAAUGACAAGAUCGGACAGGCGCGGGCGCUCUAUAACUUUGGUAACGUUUACCACGCCAAAGGGAAAAGUAUCUGCUGGAGCGGAGCUGAGCCCGGAGACUUCCCAGACGAGGUCAUGACGGCACUGAGGAAGGCAGCAGAGUACUACGAAGCUAACCUGGCUAUAGUGAAGGAGCUUGGAGACCAGGCCGCUCAGGGUAGAACUUACGGUAACCUUGGCAACACGCAUUACUUGUUGGGAAACUUUGGUGAAGCGGUGACGUCCCAUGAGCAGCGACUGCUGAUAGCCAAGGAGUUUGGCGACCGCUCCGCGGAGAGACGAGCGUACUGCAACUUAGGGAACGCUUACAUCUUUUUGGGGGAGUUUGACGUCGCAGCUGAACACUACAAGAGGUCGCUGCAGCUAGCGAGGCAGCUGAAGGACCGCGCUGUGGAGGCGCAGGCUUGCUACAGUCUGGGUAACACCUACACGCUACUCCAGGACUACGAGAGAGCCAUAGAUUAUCAUCUCAAGCACCUCAUCAUAGCUCAAGAUCUCAAUGACAGGAUCGGGGAGGGUCGUGCGUGCUGGAGUCUUGGAAAUGCUUACACUGCUCUGGGGAACCACGAUCAAGCCAUGCACUUUGCUGAAAAGCACCUGGAAAUCUGCAAAGAGACUGGAGACAGGAGCGGGGAGCUGACGGCUCGCAUGAAUGUGUCUGAUCUUCAAACUCUUUUGGGAUUAAGCUACAGCACAAAUAACUCCACACUGUCUGAAAAUAAGGAUAUAGACUACAACCAACAUGGAGCGAGGCCCAGAAUGAGCCGGCGACACAGCAUGGAGAACCUGGAGCUGGUGAAGCUCACUCCAGACAAGAUGAACGGCCAAAAAUGGAGCAGUGACAUUUUGACUAAACAGGCUAAACCGUCUCUGGCGAAGAGCUCCUCCAAGCUGUUCUUUGUCAGCCGUCUGCGAGGAAAGAAGUACAAAACUGGGAGCUCCAGUAAGGUCCUCCAAGACACCAGUAACACUCUGGACACCAGUCAGACUCUCGCACCAGGACCACAGAAGCGACUCAGUCCUGACAUGCUGGGAGAUGAGGGCUUCUUUGAUCUUUUGAGCCGUUUCCAGAGCAACCGUAUGGAUGACCAACGUUGUUCAAUCCAGGACAGAGGGAGCAGAUUGUCGUUAAACAGCGGCCCUGCCUCUCCUCCCAGAAGCAUCAGAAAAUCCGUGUCAGAGUCCGUUAACAUCUCAGGCACCUCAGGCAGGCGGUUGGACGAGUCGCCAGCAGCAGGGGGAAGCCUGCCGGGACUGAGACUCCAUCAGAGCAGCAACCAGGCUGUUCUCAGCCACCUGAUGGCUAACGCGGAUGGUGCCGAGCCUGACAACGACUUCUUUGACAUGCUAGUCAAGUGCCAGGGCUCCCGGCUGGACGACCAGCGUUGUGCCCCUCCCCCUCCUCCAGUCCGAGGACCCACCGUUCCUGAUGAGGACUUUUUCAGCCUCAUCAUGCGCUCUCAGGCCAAACGACUGGACGAGCAACGCGUCACUUUGCCAUCUGCAGCCAGGUCCAGCUCAGAUGUAACUCAACACUAAAGGGACAAAUGUGUUUGAUGCUUUAAUGGACUGCAACAUUAUUGGCUAAGUAAAUGUCCUGUGUCUCUUCUAACAGUUGUCCUAUUGGACAUAAAGCACUGUCAACAUUAAAUGUAAAAUCUCAGAAUUUCAAGGAUUUGUUUUGUACAGCAGACAGCGUAGCAUCAGGGACAUUAUGGGCUCUUAUUUUUCUUUUAAAUGACUUUCUACUCAUGCAUUUCAUCCUUGUGUAUUUGUAGAUACACAACUGCCAUUAUAUUUGUAUUUAAUGUAUAUUUUUUUCUGUAAACUGCCGUCCCCCCCGCUGGUGAAUGAGUUCAAAUGGACAUACAGCACUUGUUUCAUACAUUCAGGUUUCAUGAAAUAUUUUAAAUCAAACUGAUAAAAUAACUGAUGGAACCUUU